CUAUAUAUGAUCUAGGGCAGCAAAUAUGAUGUAUGGAAAUUUAUGAAUAUGGAAAAUAUAUUUAUAUAAACUGAAGUGUUUUAGUUCAAGCUGAGUUGAGUUUUGAGAAUCUGAUGAAUUGUCGAUGAAGGAAAUACCAGAUCCAUCGCUGGAUUCCCUGAACGAGUCAGGGGAGGAAGAUGGAAUUGAAGAAACGCGGCAAGAACAACAGAAGCAAAAACGAGAAGAACGAGAAAGCAUUUUGCUGCAAUUUCUGGAUUCGACGGAUGAUUAUCUGAAUCUGUUGGAUGCAUUGUCAUCAACACUCCGCCAGGGAUGGUUUGAUUUGGCGAGCGCCCGACAUUCUAUGGGUACCUCUCGCGUAAGCACUGCAUUACUGGACUUGAAAAUUCAUUCUGCUGCUACAUCGCUGCGGGUGGACGAACGCGAUGGUGGCUCCAUAGGAACGCAGCCAUUCAUUAACUUGCGGAAAUGGACAUCCACUGAAGGUGGAGAGUGCUUGGUAGAAGAUAAAUACAAUGACAAAUUGGAAAGGAAAUCUGAUAGUCCUCAGCUACGACAACGGAACAUUUCUGAGCUUUCUGAAGAUGAUCUGGGGAGAAGUUCUACAAAGAAAGAAGAUGCUUUCAUCAUUGAUGAUCAGGUACAAAAGGAACGAUCUCGAACACUUUCAAUGUUUGGAACUUUAGUUUCCCCCAAGCUCCGAUCAGCUCAACUUUCAUUUGAAAAUGCACUUGAACUUAUUGUGGAAAUUGCAAAUAAGCGUUUGGCAAUGUCAUCUUCCUUCGAUCAAGUCAAGAAAGGAUUGGACGACGCAUCCUCCUUCGAGCAAGUGAAGGAAGAACUGUAAGGCACCGCCAAAACAUGACAAUCAUUUGUUUCCCUCAUGGUAAAUUGUUUUAAUUACCUCAAAGUUAGCUAUGAUAGUUGGUGGGAUGAUGUCCACAGUACAAAUUAACGGACCUGUUUGGUUUUGUCUGUGCACUCUCUCUCACCUCAAAGUUAGCUAUGGUACAUGAACUCUGUAUUCUUCAGAGAAGUUGUAGAAGAAAUGGAUUUUGCACCAUAUUCUUCGUUGAAAGAAUAACUCGAUCUUUGUUUCUUACAUCUCUAUGUGUAUCCAAGGCAUGUUGUGAGUGUGCAAA